CAGGCGGGAAAAAUGGUCAUCAAAAUAUUUGGCCAAAUAUUUGAACCCCUUUCUGGCUUUCUCUCUCCUCUUUCACUCUCUCACUCACUCACUCGCUCACUCACAACUCCCACUUUGCAGCACAAUCCGCAACCAGUUUUACAAGAACCAAGAAACCCCCAAUUUCCCAUCUCAAUUUCCUUCUACACUCACUUGGUGACGUUCAAUUGGAUGAAACAACAACUACUUACUACGAAAAUUACCAAACCCUAAAACCCUAAUUUAAUUUCUAGGGUUCUUCCCCCAGUCAAAAUCCCCCAAAUUCAACUCUUUUUCUGGGGUUUUCGGCACAGUAUUCAGUGAUGUUUUCACAAUAAUGGAGAAUGCGAUUCUCUUAGCAGAAAAAUGGAAAGCGAGAGUCAAUACCCUCGUGCUGGAGUUGCCGGAAAUAGUAACGUCAUUCACACUGUUCAAGCGCAUAGAGAUCUUGAGUCGAAUUGGGGCGUCGAUCUUGCGAAAAACCUUGAAGAUUAUCUUUUGAAGAUUUGUUCGGGUGAAAUUUCUGGACCUGACGAUGCCCGUUUCUCUGUGAAUUUUGCUGAAGCUGCUUUGCUGCUUCAAGGUUCAAUACAAGUCUACAGUCGAAAGGUUGAGUACCUUUACAACUUGGUAUUGCACGCUUUGGAGUUUAUAUCUCAAACAAGAUCGCAAGAUAAUGUGGAAAGCACGUCAGUCCAGCCUGAAGCAAGUUCAUCUCAUGCAGUUCGUGACGAGGAUGAUCAGUUUUGGAUCUCAGAUGAUAUUCCUGUGGAUGCGAAAAAUUGCCUGGAUAAUGUGACCAGCAAAGGCACUUUUUUGGAUCAUUUCGUAAAGCCGCCUGCUAACCUAGUUGUACUUGAAGGUGAUUGCUUAGAUUCCACUGAUGAUGGCGGUGAACUGGAAUCAUACCUGUUGGCCACCAACAAUCUCUAUUGUGAUUUUAUCCUCUUAGACCCAUGUGAUGCAGUAGCAGUAGAUAAGUUUCUGAAGGAUUAUAAUUCUGGUGACAGACAGCAUAGUAGUCACAGAGGAAGUUCAUUGAUCUCGAAAGCUCACAAAAGUUUCCUGUCUCCAUCCAGACAUAACGGAGGGACAGCCCGCAAGUCAUCUGUAAAGAAAGGGUUAGAUAAUUUUGGGUUUGCUUCGCCUCUUGGUGGUGCUAGCAAAAAUCCAAUUGAUGAUUUUGAGCCUGGUCCUUCGAAUAAUGGUAUUCCUGAUCAUGGAAACUGUGGAUUUGAAUCAGAUGAUAACAAUCCACAUCAUGAAGAUUUUGACGAUUCGGAUGGUGAUGAUGAUGAUUGUUGGAAGACUUUGAAUCCCCAUGAACCCGGAAACUUGAAAGUGAAGCCAUUCAAAAAAGUUAAAGCAUCCAAGAGGCCAGGGAUGAUGAAGAAUGCCAAUUUACGUUCUCAGUUUCCCCUAGCCAAGCUGCAUGGAACAGUUAGUCCAGAACUCACAGCGAUAUGGGAGUUGCACUCUGGUGCUUGUAAAAAACAAGAAGAAUCACAACCGAUUCCAUUGUAUGAAAAGCUGCGCCAAACCCUUGUUGACGGGCUUCUUAAUCAAGAUACUUUUCCCCCUCCUGAGUCUGGUGAAGCAGAAGAUUUAUCGGAUGAUGGGAUCCAUGAUUUUGAUCAGCCGGAUUUUGACAUGCCAAAUGUCAAUUGCAUGGAUGAAGGAGUUAAUUUUGAGCCAAAUGAGCUUGAUGAUAUUGCUGAUCACUAUAAUGCUACCGAUGCUGAUCCAAAUGAGGAUCCAGGUUCUCAGCCUAGUCUGGAAGAUCUAUGCCGCACUCACCUGGAUUCCCUUCUUGCUAGCAUAGCUGAAAAUGAAACACAGACUGAGUUGGCUGCGCGUGUGUCAUCAUGGAAGCAGAGAACCGAACAUGACUUGGAAGAGGAAGAUUCACGCCCACCAUUUGACAUACAUGAGUAUGGCGAGGCAGUUUUGGACAAACUAUCACUAGGUGAAGAUGGAAGUGCCGUGUCCUUUGCAGAUGUGGUAACAGGACAAGAGAAGCAUGAAAUUGCGCGGACUUUUUCUGCACUUCUACAGCUGGUAAAUGACAGAAAAGUAGACCUGGAAAGAAGCACUUCAACAAGCGAUUCUUUCUGCUACACAGCGGUGAAUCCAUUUCAUGUUAGACUUCUUAGCCAUGGUAAGGGGCCAAAGAAAAUGCAAUUUCAGUUUACGAAGAAGAGGCAAAAAACUCCAAUCAAGCGGGCCUGCAACAAAGGUGAGAUUGACCAUUUGAGCAGACAACCCUCUAGUGCUGCCUCACCAUCAUCUGGAUCUCAAUCAACAUCUAUUUUAGCGCAACCAAACUGUAAAUAUUCUAUGAAGCUGCAGAAGAAUGGACUGGUGUGCACUCCUACUCCUGAUGGGAAGCGCAGGCGAAGAUCUCGGUUAGUAGAUUCAGUUGACUCGAGAUGACAUGAUAUUCAGAGUACUUCCCUGUGUAGGAAUUAUUGUGGCGUCACACUGCUAUUAGCCUCCCAGUGAUGAUUUAUAGCUUUAGAUUUAGCUAACAAUAACCAUUUAUUUUUGAUAUUGUUUCAUUGAAUAGUAACUUAUGUCGUUAAUGUAAUUGUAAGUCAUUAGAGCCACUGUAACGUCCUUUAUUAACGAGUGUAGUUGUAUCUACUCUAUGUAAUAUAUGUAUCACAUCCUUAAUUCUUUGGUUGUAAGUUGAGACUAAUAUUUCUUUCAA